UCUAAGGGCCUCGUCUUCAGGGUUCUCGGCGUGAGCCAGAGCAGCGUUUUCUACUCUCCAGUCACAGACUUCAAAGAAAGCAAGCCCCACAUUUGUGUCUACUCUGGCGGUAGAACAGAAAGCUGCCUCGGCUGGGGGCAGCAUUCGGGGAGCCCCGUGCAGUCCCACCCUCCCCUGCUCACGCCUCGCCCUCCCGCGAGGUCACCCGCGUGCAGAAGGCGAGCGCCCGGGCCUCCCCGCGCCCUCCCGACUUCCUUCCGAGCCGCCCGCAGGCCGGGGAAGUUCGCCGCUCCGCGGCGGCCGCGCCGCGCACUGGGCAUGCUCAGUGGCGAGUGGUAGCCUCCGGCGCCGGGUUCGGGUCGGCAGCCGCGGAGCCUGGGCUGCCCGGAGCGCGGCGGAGCCCAGCGGCCCCUAAGCCGAGAGCGAGACCCGCCCCGCGGCGCCCACCCCGCGGGCAGGCCCGCGAGAGCCGCGCCGUUCCGGACCCCGGGAGCGCCAACUUCGCGCCAAGUUCGAAGCCUCCUCCGGGAGAGCCAUGCAAAUGAUGACCAGGGACAUUUUGUUGGACAUGGAGCUAGAGGAGGACGACGACGAGGAUGGAGACAUCGCCUUGGAAAAUCUUGACCAGAUGAAUGCCUCCAGUUUUGGAACCCUGGGAAGUCAGCAUGAUUUCCGGUCCCCGGAGUUUGAAGAAUUUAAUGGAAAACCUGACUCCCUCUUCUUUAAUGAUGGCCAGCGAAGAAUCGACUUCGUGUUAGUGUAUGAAGAUGAAAGCAGAAAAGAGAACAGUAAAAAGGGGUCAAAUGAAAAACAAAGGAGAAAAAGACAAGCCUAUGAAUCUAACCUCAUCCAUGACGGCCUGCAGCUGGAAGCAACAAGAUCGGUUUUAGACGACAGGCUUGUGUUUGUGAAGGUGCACGCCCCCUGGGAGGUGUUAUGUACAUACGCCGAGAUAAUGCACAUCAAACUGCCUCUGAAACCCAGCGAUCUGAAAACCCGGACUUCAGCCUUCGGGAAUUUCAACUGGUUUACGAAAGUCCUCCAAGUGGACGAGAGUAUCAUCAAGCCAGAGCAAGAGUUUUUCACUGCCCCAUUUGAGAAGAACCGGAUGAAUGAUUUUUAUAUUCAUGAUCAAGAUACCUUCUUUAAUCCAGCUACCAGAAGCCGCAUUGUUUACUUCAUCCUCUCUCGGGUCAAGUAUCAAGUGAGGGACAACGUCAAAAAGUUUGGGAUUAACAGACUUGUCAACUCCGGGAUCUACAAGGCAGCUUUCCCUCUCCAUGAUUGCAACUUCAGCCAUCCAUCGGCGGACUCCAGCUGCCCGAACGAACGGUAUCUUCUGUACAGAGAGUGGGCUCAUCCCCGAAGCAUAUAUAAGAAGCAGCCCUUGGAUCUUAUCAGGAAAUACUAUGGAGAGAAGAUCGGAAUCUAUUUUGCUUGGCUGGGCUACUACACCCAGAUGCUCCUCCUGGCGGCAGUAGUGGGCGUGGCUUGCUUCCUCUACGGCUUCAUUAAUCGAAAUAACUGCACGUGGAGCAAAGAAGUUUGUGACCCUAACAUUGGUGGCAAGAUCAUAAUGUGUCCUCAGUGUAACAUUUGUCCGUUCUGGGAACUCAGUAUUACUUGCGAGUCCUCACAGAAAUUGUGCAUCUUUGACAGUUUUGGAACCCUAGUCUUCGCAGUAUUUAUGGGGUUAUGGGUUACCUUGUUUUUGGAGUUUUGGAAGCGGCGCCAGGCAGAACUUGAGUAUGAAUGGGACACGGUUGAGUUGCAGCAGGAAGAACAACCCCGGCCCGAAUACGAGGCGCGGUGUACUCACAUGGUAAUAAAUGAGAUCACUCAGGAAGAAGAGCGCGUUCCCUUUACUGCCUGGGGGAAAUGUAUACGUAUAGUCCUGUGUACGAGUGCUGUCUUAUUCUGGAUCCUGCUGAUCAUCGCCUCAGUCAUCGGGAUCAUCGUGUACAGAGUGUCGGUGUUCUUUACCCUCUCCAAGGAAAUGCUCCCGAGCGAGAACGGCACCGACCCGAUCCAGAAGUACCUGACCCCGCACUUGGCCACGUCCAUCACCGCCUCCCUCAUCAACUUUGUCAUCAUCAUGAUUCUGAACAUCAUCUAUGAAAAAGUGGCAAUCAUGAUUACUGACUUUGAACUCCCAAGGACCCAGACCGAUUAUGAGAACAGCCUAACCAUGAAGAUGUUCUUAUUCCAGUUUGUGAACUACUACUCUUCCUGUUUCUAUAUUGCAUUCUUCAAGGGCAAAUUUGUAGGUCAUCCCGGAGACCUAGUUUAUUGGCUAGGAAAAUACAGAAAUGAAGAGUGUGACCCAGGUGGCUGUCUCCUUGAACUGACAACGCAGCUGACAAUAAUCAUGGGCGGAAAAGCAAUCUGGAAUAACAUACAAGAGGUGCUCCUUCCCUGGGUCAAGAAUCUAUUUGGACGCUAUUGCUCAGUUUCGGGCUCAGAAAAGAUAACCCCGCGAUGGGAGCAGGACUACCAUCUGCAACUCAUGGGCAGACUGGGAUUAUUUUAUGAAUAUCUUGAAAUGAUUAUUCAGUUUGGGUUUGUCACCUUAUUUGUGGCCUCUUUUCCACUGGCCCCUCUGUUGGCUCUGGUGAACAAUAUAUUGGAAAUAAGAGUGGACGCGUGGAAAAUGACUACCCAGUAUAGACGCAUGGUGCCAGAAAAAGCCCAGGACAUCGGAGCGUGGCAGCCCAUCAUGCAAGGAAUAGCGAUUCUGGCUGUGGUGACCAAUGCCAUGAUUAUUGCUUUCACGUCAGACAUGAUCCCCCGCCUGGUGUAUUACUGGUCCUUCUCUAUCCCCCCCUAUGGGACCCACGCCCACCAUACCAUGGAGGGGUACAUCAACAACUCUCUCUCCGUCUUCAAUGUCGCAGACUUCCAAAACAGAAGCUUGGAAAAUCCAUACUCUAGGCGUGGUAACUAUACCACAUGCAGGUACCGAGACUUCCGGAACCCCCCCGGACACCCACAGGAGUACAGACACAACAUCUACUACUGGCACGUGCUCGCCGCCAAGCUGGCUUUCAUCAUCGUCAUGGAGCAUAUCAUCUACUCUGUGAAAUUCUUCAUUUCGUAUGCAAUUCCAGACGUAUCAAAAAGCACGCAGAGCAAGAUCAAGAGAGAAAAAUACCUAACCCAAAAGCUUCUUCAUGAGAACCACCUCAAAGACAUGACCAAAAGUAUGGGCGUCCUAGCUGAGAGCAUAAUAGGAGUCGUAGAUAACAAUUUACGACCAAAAGUAGAGUAAGAGCCUUAGGUUCUGAGAAGCACUUUAAAGAACUUUGUCAAAAAAUAUUAAUCUCCAGUGAAAACGCUUAAAACCACCCUCCUAAAGUAAAAUGGAUACUUUUUUCUUUGAUGAUUUUUAGGGAGUGUUUCAUUUUUUCACUUUGCCAACUCUGUUCCAGGGGUAUCUUUCCCUUCUACGUCGUCAUUAAAGACAUGCUAGAUUUUGCAUGAUUAAAAAACGCUAACAUGGAAUUCAGCUAGUAAGUGGCAAACAGACUCAAGAAUUCACGCUAUAUAGAUGUAUUAUCACAUCCCCACAGGAGAGGAAACCUCAGUCUACAGGAAACACUGUCGGCCUCCAUUUCGGCCUCUCUUUCCAACUCAAAGAAGUGCCCUGAACGGAGUACAGUGAAGAUAGCGAGUUUCCGAAGCACGUUGUGCUAAUCCACAGUGACACUUGUGUCUCCCAGGAGCAGUCCUAGAAUGUUCUGUGCCAGUCAAUGUUGGCUGCUCCCCAAGUCCGAAGGGAGUAAGAUGACGAAAGCAGGGAAGUUACAGAUUCAAUAGAACUGAUUCCUAUUGAUCAGGAUAAUUAAUUUACCUCUUGUAAAGAUGUGUAGUUUCUUGAAAAAAAAUGAAAUCGAGUAAUUAAAAUUGCAUUUCUAUCAACAUAAUGGUCUGGAAAAGAUAAGCCCACCAGCUUCCCUCCAGCUGCCCUUUACUCGUGACUGCAGUGUGCACAGCACAGCAGAUCAGGCGCCCCGCGCAUGGCCCGCUGCACAGCCCUGUGACCCAGUGGUUAAGGGAACACCGAGUCCCCUGAUAGGGAGCCACACUUGUCCCUGUAUGAGGGCCACCGUUUGGCAGGCCUUCUGCGUGUCCUUGCGGUCAGCAUACCGAUGCAUCUGCCCUGCUAGCUAGCUCCUCGCACCCUCCGCUCUCCGAGUCCCAACCCAGCAGCAUGUUUGCCCCCGGAAGCGUUGUGGGGGGUGGACACAGAUCAUUCCCAAUGAAGACAAGACUGGGUAUAAUUUGCCCUUCCAGCCUCCCUAAGUCCAGUCAGGCAUUUAGAGUAAGAAAAAACAGUGGUUUGGUCACAAACCAUGCCAUCAGCUGGGGGUCAGUUCCUGCUGAGCUCCUGACCACGCCCAUCUUGCCCUUGAUUUGUUCAGCUGAGCAGCCUUUACAGCGCUUUACUGCCUUUCAGGUGCUAGGCCCUCUGGGAAACUCGAGAGAAGAUUCGGGGCCCUCGCUCCUCACCCUUGACUGGUGACAGGAGUGCAGGAGAGGGAGUCUGGCGCAGGGUUUGGACGGGCCACCACUCACUGGGGUGCUGCUGAAUGCCCAGGUGCACGGGAGCCAAGCCACUCUGAACCCCAGCAGCAAAAGACAAGGCAACACGUUUAGUGUUUAAGGCUUGUUAUAACAGGGUAGUCUAACUCCAGGACUUAUGUACAAUUCAUCAGAGCAGUAUCUGCACUUUUGAAUUGUCCCAGUAGAGCAAGGACAGCAUUUCACUCACUUUCUUGAUAGUGGUGAUGAUGUGAUCAGAAAGUGUUCGUGACAGGCUGUGUGAGGUCUGACUGCUCACCUGUGACACCGCUGCUCCUGGAAGUGGCGUUGCCUCCUCUCGAAUUACCUCUGCUCUCCUCUGAACUCAGCGACUCUCCUACUGUUGGACUUGGCAGUUACUCAUUGCAUAUGGAAGCAUGGAAGAGGAAAUGUUUUUGCCUUAUCUCUUUGUAUAUAAAACUUUAAAAGAAUUGUGUACUUACGUCUUCAUAAACCACCUUUCACACAUCGCCUUCGUGGUCUAAACUGAGCUUCUGUGGACAGGAGGGACAAACCUACCCUUUUCGUGGCAGCGGGUGAGGUGCGACACUGCCUGUGUUCCCCGAGCGCCUGAGCGGCAGGGAGGCCAGGCGUCACCGUGACACCCCACUGUUCACGUCAGCCUAGUGCCGACUUGUCCAUCGAGAAAGGGUGGGGCCGCUUCUGCAGCAGUUAGGGACAGCUCUGUCACCACACGCAGGCAGUGCCCCAGGGGACAGGCGUGUGGCCGUGGGCCGGUGAAGGGAAAAUCGGGUCCCACACCUGCCCGGCGUCAACCACUAGAGACAUUUUCACGUUACGCCCUUUUGUAAUGCCUGUGACUUAAUAGAGUGAAGCCUUAGACCAAAACACUCAGGGGAUUUUUUUUUUCUUUAAAUACCCCUCAUUUUUUAAUUAGGUCAGUAGAAGGGGAAAGCUGUCACUUUUUGUUUGAAAACUUAAACAAGGCCGUCUUGUACACGGUUGUCGCCAGAGCCUUCCCUUCCGGUUGCAUACGCAUCUUGAGUUUCAGAAAACAUUAGUUCACAGUAGGGGGGCAGCAUGCGCCAUUUCUGAAACACUUCUUGUACCAUUGUGUCGUGUUUCUAUUGUAUUUAAAGAUUUUAGUAAGUUGAAAUGUAUGAGUAGCUUAACUAACGUAGAACUGAAACAUUAAUAGCGCUCUUCAUACACUGUGGCAAAGGAUGUAAAGUUUGUAAUGUUUUGUGAUCUCUGUGCAUUUUAAUACCCUUUUAUAAUAAUGAGCAUUUUAAUAAAAUCAUUUAAAAAGCA